GGCAGCCGGCGUGGUUGAAGGCUUUGUUGACCUUGAACGAGAUAACAAUACCACCGAGGCUUCAAAAGAAAAUGAAGCAGAUCCAAUUAGUGGUGUUACUAAAAAAACAAGUAAGAAAGUCACUUCUGAAGCUUGGGACCACUUUGAUAAGAUUGUGGAGAAGGGUGUUACAAAGGCGAAGUGCAAAUAUUGCAAAGCUGUUUUGUCAUACAAAGUUUCCACGGGAACUUCUCAUCUUCUUAAGCAUGCAAAGAAAGUGUGUUCGGGAAAACACUUGCGAAUUGGAGUUGGUCAAACACAAUUGAAGGUUAAAUCUGAAGCUGAUGGGUGCACUAUCUUGGAAUUGAAGGAAAAGGAGAAGCCUGCCAACUUUGAUCAAGAUGUUUCAAGAAAGGAGUUGGUUAGUAUGAUAGUGAUACAUGAGUAUCCUUUGUCAAUGGUGGACCACAUUGGAUUUAGAAAGUUUGUGAAGAGUCUUAAUCCAUCAUUCAAAAUGAUUUCAAGAAAUACAUUGAAGACUGACAUUGUAAAGAAAUACAAUGAGGAGAGGAGCUCUUUGAAACACUUGUUUGAACAUAAUGACAGUAGAGUUGCAAUAACUACGGAUAUGUGGACUGCUUCCAAUAAAAAAAAAGGGUUAUAUGGCAGUGACAUCCCACUUCAUUGAUCAACAGUGGGUUCUACACAAUCGAACUUUAAGGUACUAACCUUAUUAUUUAUUACAAAUGCUAAUUUACUAUUUAUUUAUGUUUAGUCACUUCUUUAUUUGUUAGUAAUUAUAGAUUAUGUGUUUGUUUAGGUUUUGUUUUGUACCAUCUCCACACACUGCUCCGAUUCUUGCAAAGAUCUUGAUGGAUUGUUUGUCUCAUUACUCGUUGGAUAAUAAAAUUUCAUCGGUUGUACUUGAUAAUGCCACCACUAAUGAUGCAAUGAUGAGUAUUUUGAAGGACAAUUUGGAAAGUAAUUUUCUAAUGUUAGGUGGGGAGUUUUUGCAUUUGAGGUGUAGUGCUCAUAUUUUAAACUUGGUUGUUGGGGAUGGUUUAAAAGUGAUUAGUCAUGCUACUGAAAAAGUUCGAGAUUGUAUUGUUUUCUGGAUGUCCACUCCUAAAAGGGUGGAAAAGUUUGAUGAGGCUUGUCGGCUUUUGAACAUAACUAAACCCAAAAGAUUGGUUCUUGAUUGUAAAACUCGGUGGAAUUCAACUUACUUGAUGCUUCAAACUGCUUUGCCUUUCAAGGAUGUUUUUACUAAAUUGAAAAGGUUGAAUAGGAAGUUGAAAUUUGUUCCUCCUAGUGAACAUGAUUGGAUGUUAGCAGGUCUUGUUUGUGAGAAGUUGGAAAUUUUCUACAAGGCUACUAAAGUCUUUUAUGGUAGAAAUCAUCCUACUUCUAAUUUGUUUUUUCGAAAGAUUUGUGAAAUUAAACUUGCUUUGAGGAGAUGGAUACAUAGUGAUGUUGAGGUCAUUAGAACUAUGGCUGACAGUAUGAUUGAGAAGUUUGACAAAUAUGGGGAACAUGUGAAUGGUAUUUUGGCCAUUGCUACCAUUUUAGAUCCGAGAAACAAAUUAGAUUGUGUGGAGCACUAUUUCAAGAGGUUGUAUGUGGAUGAUGCUGAAAAGGAGUUGAAAAGGGUUAGGGAGAAUUUGGAUAAGCUUAUAGUUGAAUAUCAAAAGAGAAAUGAAGGGAACAAUAGUGAAGACUAAUUAAGAAAAAAGAGGAUUAAUGAUAAUUGUGGGAGUGAUGAGGAUGAGUUUGCUCAAGCUAAGAGAACAAAGAAAAGGAAAGUGAAUGUGAGGGGUAAGGUUGAGCACUAUUUGGAUGAUGAUCCUUUGCCCGAUAAUGAUAAUUUUGAUAUUCUUGAUUGGUGGAAAAGAGAUCAAACGUAUCCCACCUUGCAAAAAAUUGUCAAGGAUGUUCUUGCUAUUCCCGUCUCUUCGGUUGCUUCGGAAAGUGCUUUUAGCACCGGUGGAAGAGUGGUUAGUUCUCAUCGUUCUAGACUUCACUCUCAAACUGUGGAAGUUUUGAUGUGCUUGCAAAAUUGGAUGGUUGAUGAUAUCAAAGGUAAAUUGGAGGACACACAUUCUUAUUCUAUUGUUACCGAAGAUUGUGAUGAAGAUGGAGAUCAAAUUGAUUACAUUGAUAUGGUAUUUGAUUUUAAUCCAUUUUAUAUUUUUUACAAUUGAAAUAAGUUUUAUUUCUCAUUAUAUAUUGUUCUUAAUUUUUGUAGGAUGUUGAUGAUGUCGAAAGUAGCUGCAAUAUGGAAGACAUCUUUGAGGAUUACAGAAAUUGAUCGUUUCAAUAUUAGGAUUAUUAUGUUCUCAUUUUGGAUUGUUUGGUUUUAAAUGAAUUAUGAUGUUCUUAUUUAUUUUGGAUUGUUUAGUUUUAAAUGGAUUAUGGUGUAUUUUGUAUUCUUGAAUGAUUGUUGAAACUUUAGACAAUUGUUAUGAUUUUUAUUUUAAUGUUUAA